AUGAGUGUGCCGUCGGUUCCGAUCGAGAUCCAGAACGUUCCCGAAGCCCAGGAGCAGGAGUAUGUCCACCAGGUGUACAAUGAAAUAGCGCCGCAUUUUUCGAAAACCCGCUACAAGCCAUGGCCCAUUGUGGAAAAGUUUUUGCAAUCCCGCCCCGACUACAGUAUCGGGCUUGACGUGGGCUGCGGCAACGGCAAGUACUUGGGCGUCAACAAGAAGUUGUAUGUGAUCGGGUCCGACCGGUCGGACGGGCUUAUUGGCUGUGGCCACCAGAUCGAUUCGACAUACAACUUGGCGGUGGCUGACGGGAUGCAGUUGCCCCACGCCAAGGACACGUUUGACUUUGCCAUUUCCAUUGCGGUGAUCCACCACUUUGCCACGGAGCUGCGCCGUGUGGACGCCAUCAGACACAUUCUCUCGCGGCUCCGGCCCGGCGGCCAGUUUUUGGUUUACUGCUGGGCGUUGGAGCAGGAAAAGUCCCGCAGGGGCUACAAGGAGGGCGACGACCAGGACAUUUUGAUUCCAUGGGUGUUGCAGAAGAACGUGGGGAGGGGGAAGAAGAAGGAGAAGGAGAAGGAUGAAAAAGAGAAAGAUGAGAAAGAGAAAGAUGAGAAAGACGAGAAAGUCGAGCCCGAAACAAAGUACAGGUACUACCAUUUGUACAAGAAGGGCGAGUUGGUGGAAAACGCAGAACGGGCCGGCGGAAAAGUCGUGGAUCACGGCUACGAGAAAGAUAACUGGUGGGCAAUCGUGGAGAAGAUAUAA